AUGCCUCCGAGCCUCUUCCAAACUCUUCUCCAAGAUGCAGGAUACUUGGCGUCGCUGUUCAAGUACCCGCAGCGCUGGCGGCUCGAGGCCCUCUACGAGGAUGGCCGCUUGGAGGGCACCAAGAAGAACUUUGGGGUGCACAACCCUUUGCAAGGAAAGGGCCGCGAGCUGGAUGGUGAGAUCUGUGAGACGGUUCCGCUCCGUACCAGUGCUGUCGUUGGACGACAACGCCUCGCACCGACGGAGGAUGCCGAGGAGGAGCAGAUGAUUGAACUGGAGGUGAGUGCCUCCUUAGGUGCCAAGGAAGCCUCCAAGCUGUAUGGAGACGUUCAGGAUCAGCACUGCCGCCUGCAUCGGAUGGGCAAUGACUUCUACGUCAUGGCCCUGGAGUCGCAGAUUGGCACGUUGGUGGAUGGACAGAAGAUUCGACACCAAGAUGGCCCUGUUCCGAUCCGGGAUGGGACCACGUUGGGCAUAGGGAAAUACCUUGUAUACUGCGAAGUCGGCAACGAAGCCUUUUUGCAGGACAGGCGGAAGAAGCUUCUGGCCGGAGAGAGGUUCUGGAAGGAAGGCAAAGCCAGCCUGCAAAAGUCGGAGGAGGCGGCCUCGCAGGUGAAGCCCGAAGCUGCUGAGGAGGGUGCGGAAGCGGGCACGCAAGCUGGCGAGGGCGGAGGUGCAGAUGACGACGAGGAAGAUGAAGAGGCGCUGGAUGUCCUCUUCACCGCACCUCCAGAGGCUGAUGAGGACCAAGAGAUGAAGCCGGAUGAGGAGUCCAAGAAGAGAAAGCGGGAAGAGGUGGACGAUGCACCGAUGCCUUCAGCCGUCGUGGACGAGGUCGAAGAGCUCCCGGAUGUGGGCGAGAGCCUAGCCGCAGCGGCUGCCUAA